GUGCUAUGACGAGGACAACGCGGAAGUGAAUUGUCAACAGUCCAAAGAGCCGCUGAAAGAAACUAUCCUCCGUCCAGACACGAUGGCAGAGGGAGAGUCUAAAUGUUGUGCUGAUUGUUCCUAUUAUAUCAUCAAAUUCAUGCUGUUCAUCUACGCCUGCUGUUGGUGGCUAAUAGGCGGAUGUAUCCUGGGUAUUGGCAUCUAUGCAGAAGUAGAGCGACAGCAGUACAAGACACUGGAGGGUGUGUUUCUGGCCCCAUCUAUAAUCCUGAUCCUACUGGGCAUCAUCCUAUUUGUUGUUUCAUUCAUUGGAGUCUUGGGUUCCCUGAGGGAUAAUAUAACUCUAUUGAAAGUGUUCAUGUACACCCUGGCAGUGUGUCUGCUCCUGGAGCUGGUUGGAGCAAUCUUGGGGCUGGUGUUUCGCAACCAGGCGGAACGUUUAUUGAACAAGAACAUUCGAAAGGGCAUAGUAAACUACUACGAUGACUUGGACUUCAAAAACAUCAUGGACUACGUUCAGAAUAGGUUUAAGUGUUGUGGAGGUGAAGAAUUUAAAGACUGGAAAGUCAACAUGUACCACAACUGUAGUGCGCCUGGUCCGUUAGCCUGCGGUGUCCCAUAUACCUGCUGUGUUACUACUAAGAAUAAUGAAGUGCCCAACACUAUGUGUGGGUACAAGGCCCUAGAUGACAAGCAUCAACCACUGCCUGACAUCUAUACCAGAGGCUGCACCGGUGCAUUCAUUUACUGGCUGCUGGACAAUUAUAAGAUUAUGAUCAUACUUCUGUUUUUGAUCCUAGUGCCUCAGUUCUUCGGUGUGCUAGUCACCCGGAUAUAUAUCACUCGUGUUGAAGACAUAAGUAAUCAGUAUGCUGAACCCACCGAAGAUGCACGACGUCAGAAAGGUCGCUUGGACAAAUGGUUCAAAUGUAUGCCAGAAUGGGACUGACAGAAAACUGCAAGUAGCGAAGAGAUCUGAUGUUCAAUUGUGC